CCCAGUGGCCGUGGUGUAUCCCGUGGGGCUGUGGAGGUGUCGUGUGCGGCCGGCGGUGCGCUGCGUGUACGCCCCGCUGCUGAGAGCGAGUGGCUUACAUGCGGUGCGGGCAGCCGUGUGUCUGCAUGUGGGAAGUACGCAGACCUCUGCAGCCAGCGUACCACAAGAGCAAGAGGAGCAAGAACAACAACCAUUGCUACUACUACUACUGUUAAUGCUGGACAACCAAAGGCAGUGAUGGCGGCUUGGGGAAGUUGGGAUCCCGCUUUCGCUGAAUAUAGGUGGAAAGAGAAACAGAAAGAGAAAGAGGAAGAGAGGAAAAGAAAAGAAGCUGAAGCACAAGUGUUGACACAGACUGAGUUGGGAAGAAGAGAAGAUUUAAAUGGCCUCCGUGGUGAAGAAGGUGUUGAAUUAUCUGUCGUUGAUACUUCUCUAAUUAAAGAGAGUGAAACUGUAACCGACGUGAUACCUAAUAGUAAUACCCAUACACUCUCUACCCUGAAGAAAGAAUCACAAAAGCCGUUAGGUCCGGACAAUACAUCACUUGAUACAGAGAGUCUGGGUGACCGCACGAUGUCCCAAAAGUCUGAAAAAACAGAACCCGAUGACAUACAAGGUAACCGUGCAGGGAGUGUGUCGUCAUCUGGUGCUUCAUUGUCAGUGCAAGCAGAGGAACGUGAACAAUCAGCAGAGGCACCAGCUUCCACAACUGUAGGCACACCCUCUUCUGAAGUUGUUGAUUCCCAACAUAUCAAACCACAAUCUCCGUCUGAAAACGCCAAAGAUAACAGUAACACCAAUGAUGGCAAUUCUUCACAGAAUCCUUCUCCAGCAGAGGCGAGUACACUUACCACCCCUAAUCCCACACAGCAGUCUGCUGCAGCUCCAGGUACGACUUCCACAUCAGCCUCACAAGAGAAUGGCAACGCUGAUUCCACGGCCACCACCACCACUAACAGUGAAGCACCAACCACCACUUUGACUCCAUCUCCUGUACCCAACGCAGAUAUCAACAACAUCGCUUCCACGGUACAGAACAACAAAGCCAAUGUUGACAGCACUGCCAGUCCUGUGUGGAUGCGCACUGCAGCACCGCUUCUGAUUGUGGCUGUGUUGUUCUCCGUCACCAUGUACUGA